CACAAUCCUGAUUAGUGAUUAAUGGCGUGGACGGGUUUCGGAAAAUUGAGAAAGAAUGACAUGAAUGAUGAUUGUAAGGUGUUUGAUAAAAUUCCUCAUUGGCAUACGGAAUUUUCAAGUGACCGUCAUUGUUGGCAUGCCCACUUUUCUUUAUACCUUAUGAGUCAUAGAAGUGCGAGCUGAUAAGAUUAUGCAUUAUUGCACUUACUCAAGGGAAGACACAAAGACAUAAACAGCUGUAGAACAAUAACACUUUUUAAAACUAAUUAAAUACUCACAAGUUGGAAACUUGCAAGCUCGUAAGCAAAGAAAACCUUCACUGAAGAGUGACUGCAGGAUGAUAGUUCGAAAGUUGUCGCCAUCCAAGCUCAAGAAGCUUUUAAGCCCACUUUGUUUCUCCACCUAUACUUCCACAGACCCCAUAUCUAACUGCCUCCCCAAUAUUCAAACCUUCCAACCCAUUCAUAUCCAAAACCCUGCUAAAACCCUAGUCCCAUCCUUCUCCUUCAGAACCUUCUCUGCACUGUCUUCUCCAGCUUCACUCCUCAGCCGAGAUGGAAAUUACAACGAAGCCACUUCAGAAGCCCUCCCUAUCUGCCCUGGUUGUGGUGUUACCAUUCAAGACUCUGACCCUAAGCAACCUGGUUACUUCAUCAAUCCGUCAACUAAAUCCCCCAAUUAUAAGGCACCCAUUGAUAGAAAUCCUAUAGCUGAUGAGGUAGAUAUCUCGAAUUCCCUUAAGUCAGGACUCUUAAACGAGCUGGUAGAAUCAGAAAAUGAAGAAAAUGUUGAAAAGCUGACUUUGACGCCCCCCAAGAAGCCCGUGGUUUGUGCUAGGUGUCAUAGUUUGAGACACUAUGGGAAGGUGAAAGACCCAAGUGUUGAGAAUUUGUUGCCAGAUUUUGAUUUUGAUCACACAGUUGGGAGGAGGUUGAUGUCAGUAACUGGGGCAAGAACCGUGGUGUUGAUGGUGGUAGAUGCAUCAGAUUUUGAUGGGUCAUUUCCUAGGAUAGUGGCUAAGCUAGUUUCAAAGACAAUUGAAGAAAACUCUCGGGCAUGGAAGGAAGGGAAAUCAGGGAAUGUGCCGAGGAUUGUGCUGGUGGUGACAAAGAUUGAUCUUUUACCUAGCUCAAUAUCACCUACUGGGCUUGAACAUUGGGUUAGAACAAGGGCUAGAGAGGGUGGUGCAAUCAAGUUGACCAGCGUACAUUUGGUGAGUGCAAUCAGGAAUUGGGGUGUGAAGAAUUUGGUCAAUGAUGUGGUAGCGUUGGCUGGGUCAAGAGGGCAUGUAUGGGCAGUAGGUGCACAGAAUGCUGGGAAGAGUACAUUGAUUAAUGCAAUUGGGAAAUGUGCUGGCAGGAAGGUGACUCAUUUGACUGAGGCACCUGUGCCUGGGACUACAUUGGGGAUACUUAGAGUGGAAGGGGUACUCCCAAAGAAUGCCAAAUUGUUUGACACUCCAGGCCUUUUGCACCCUCAUCAGAUCUCAACUAGAUUGACUAGGGAGGAGCAAAAGCUAGUUCAUAUGAGUAAGGAGCUAAAGCCCAGGACAUAUAGGAUCAAGGUAGGAUAUUCAGUUCACAUUGGUGGGCUAAUGAGGCUGGAUGUAGAAGAAUUAUCAGUUGAUUCUAUAUACAUUACAGUCUGGGCAUCUCCUCUGAUUCCACUUCAUAUGGGAAAGACGGAGAAUGCAAGCGAAAUGUUGGAAGAACAUUUCGGCCAUCAGUUACAGCCACCAAUUGGAGGAGAUCGUGUUGCAAAGCUGGGUGAGUGGGUGAAAAAAGAAUUCCGUGUCAGUGGCAAUGUAUGGGAUUCGAGCUCUGUAGAUAUUGCUGCCUCUGGUCUUGGUUGGUUUGCCAUUGGACUUAAAGGAGAGGCUCAAUUAGGAGUGUGGACAUAUGAUGGAGUUGAUGUUGUGGUUCGCAAUGCCUUACUUCCUUACAGAGCGCAUAACUUUGAAGUUGCUGGUUUUUCAGUAUCUGAAAUUGUGUCAAGGGCUGAUCGUUCUAAAAAUAAGCAACACUCUAAUGAGAAGAAGAGAAAGCUGAGUGACACAAUGGCAACAGAAUUUGCUCCAUCAUCAACAGUUGCUGCUGAUACAGCUCCAAACUCCACUUAAGCUUGGGUUGCAGGAUGGUAUUAUACUGGGCCAAAUUUGCAACAAUAGUGGGAGUUGAAUGGAUUUGCUUUCUAAGCUGGAAGGCGCACAGUGCAUGGCCAUCAUCAACUCAACUAUCAGAUCAGAGUUCCAAUACUGCUUUAGCCUUCAGCAGAAGUAAAAUGCAUUUGUUAGUUACUUGAUCAGACAUGGAGCAAUAGGUAAUAAUCUUAUUUGACAAUACAUGUACAAUUUCCUCAACUCGAGUUCUAGUCUUGGUUUUUGAACAGGAUUGAAAAACCAAUUUUGCAACUUUAGGACUCAGUCCAUUACUAGCUUCAAUAUGGUGGCUUUCAAAACUUGUGUUGUUUCAGAGUACUUUAGUAGUUUUUGCCUUUGAAUUGAAGUUUUGUUAGGAUGUUGUAUACAGUUUCAAUAUGAUAUGUUAAGAAGGCAAACCUUAUAAAUGAAAGUUAUUACAGCCAGGUCAAGGUGACCUAUUUAUUCAAACUAA